CGGCGGACUUUUUUUGACAUGGCUUUUAGCUUCAUUUCAUUAUUUUGACAUUUCGUGAUUUCGAUGUCAAGCGCUACGUAUUUCUUUGAAAAAAGUAAUUUUUCUAUCCGUUUUCAAUCUGAAUCCAGUUUUUUCAAUCGAAAAGUAUCUUAGGGGUGCGGGUGAAACUCAUUGCUGUGUGAAAAUCGACUGCAGAUAUGAGAAAAUCCGCGAGAACCAUGUGACACGAAUACGAAAAAGGGCUUCCAGACCGUCAAUGUGACAGAAAUGUUUUCUGCCAUCACGACGAGCCAGCACCACCGCGGAGCCGAUACGAGUACGACGCGAGAUAAACGAACGGCGAUAUAGGGCAAGCGCGUCAAAAAUGUGCGCGAGAUGGCCAGCCCGCCACCAAACCCUAAGGAAGGCGAGGAGGGCGGCUCCGAGUUCAAAGAGGAGCCGAGCGGGGAACGCCCGGCCGCCCCGCAGAAGACGUUCAUAGCGCCGCCCGCGUCGCAGCUGCCCACGAAGCUGCAGUACGUGACGCUCGGUGCGUCCGGCCCCAGCGGCAUCAAACAGUUGUUCCGGACGGUCAAAGUGGCGCGCCGCAUACCUACGCUGCCGCGGCGGCCGCGCGAGGGGGAGGGCAGCGCGCCCGGCCCGUCACUGCCCGAGGCUCGGGAGUCGCGUGGCCGCAAAGACCACGCAAAGCGCCAUGUCUGCAGCACUUGUGACAAGCGCUUCUCCAGCCCUGGCAAGCUCAGCCAACAUGUUCUUUCACACACUGGCGAGCUGCCCUUCUCCUGCGAUCUGUGUGACAAACGCUUCAACUCCAAGUUCAAGCUUGUGCGACACAAUUUGAUACAUAGUGAGGCACGAGCCUUUGCAUGCAAUGUAUGUGGUAAGACUUUCAAUCGUAAGGAUCAUCUCACCAACCAUGUAAGAGUGCAUAAUCCAGUUAAAAAGCUUUAUACAUGUGAAAGGCCAGAUUGCAGAAAAUCCUACACUUCCCUUUUGAGCUUUCGAAAACAUGCUGCCCUGCAUUCUGCUGAAGAGGGCAAUCUUCAGUGUAAAAUUUGUGACAUGAAUUUUACAACUCGGCAAGAUAUAAUAUAUCACCUUAAAGUCCAUACUGGAAGCCGCACUGUAAAAAAUGAUUCUGAUAAGAAGUUUACAUGUAACUAUUGUGAUCGAAAGUUUUUCACAGCUAAGGAUGUAAGGCGUCAUCUUGUCGUCCAUACAGGCAGGCGUGAUUUCCUAUGCCCUCACUGCCCACAAAAGUUUGGGCGUAAAGACCAUCUGGUGCGGCAUGUAAAAAAUGCUCACCCUGAAGAAUCAUGGAAAUCUGCAGCCGUUGGUACAUCCAGCGAGCCCCCACCUGAGGCAUCUGCAUUUGAAGAAACCUAUACCGAGUAUCCUAUAGAAGGUACUGAUUUUACAAUGUGGAAACCACCCUCACCCAAAGAGAGUACAUCAGAGAGUGGUCAACCAACCCGGGUGCCCUCUACAGAUAUUAUAGUAGAAAUUCCACCCGACCUCGAUAUUAAGGUAGAACCUAUAGAUAUAAAGUUGGAGGAAUCCCUAGACAUAAAGUUAGAGCAGCCGGGGUCACCAGGAUGUACAUUGCUUCCAGUAGAGUAUCCCAUGAUGUUUAUGGUAGCUCCACCAUACACCCAGACGCCGACGGACUUGCCGUUUUUGUCGACACAGGAGCUGCCCGACUCAAUGGAAGCACACUUACUCCAUUCAGGGAAUGUAGAGUCCCUAUUGAUGGAUCCGGGCGAGGGCCCUUCCGGUCUGUCGAGCCAAAUGCUAGGACUAUUAGAGGAUAGUGAGCCAACAUUCACCGGCGAGGAGGGCAGGGUCCAGCAGAGACUGCCAGCGUUUACACAAGCCUUCCAGACGGCGCAGAGCCCCAAGCCUCCGCCGCCGCCGCCCCCGCCUCACUAACUUUGCCUCACUGGCGCCUCUUGAAAGCAACUUGCAGUUGUUCAUUAGACUGCAGGUCGCAUUAGGAGGUUGUGAAGGGUGAGAUUCCUGCAUUUAGCUUGUGUGAAUACCGAACUACCUCACUAGGUAAGGUUGAUCUAAGCUGUAAAUAGUCUUGAGUGCAGUUAGUAAUGCAAUUGUAAUAUUGUUGGACUUGAUGUCAUCUUGUGUAAGCAGAUAGGUAUGGAAGCCGGAGGGCACGGGCCCUCGGGUUUAUAUUGCCAAAUUGUAUAUUUGUACGUCUUGGGUAUACCAAAAUUACUUCCGAAUUCUACAUGAAUAUGUGAUCUAGUCGUGUAUGUACUUUCGGAAUUAUAUAUUGUUUAUUUAUAGCGUACUGCGUACAUGACGUUUAUGGAGUAUAAUUGGGACCAACUCUGUGAGCUAUUAGAUGGGAUACAGUUAGUGCUUAGUUGAGACGGGCCGCGUUCACGUCCGCGUCGGUCGCGGUCCGGUACGAGUAUAGUAAGCAGAAUACAAGCAGGGCGUAUGACUCUUGGAGGCAGCGAGCUAUUAUAAUAUGUUUUAGAGAGGCUUGCUGCUUUCGACGCGAUAAUAUAAUACAACAGAGAGCAUAUUCCUUUGAAAUCAAUAAAGUGAAUGUCAUAUUCUGCCGGAGUAGAUUAACAUCAGAUCUGUCUAUAACUAGAUUGAUAUAUCAUCCUUAAGUGUAAGUGCUAAGUGUUCAUAACAGAGUUAUACAAUUGAAGGCUUAAUAUUGAAUGGUUUUAGGGUUCCAUUUCAUUCUAUUGUCCAGAAUGAUAUCGAAGUCCUUACAACAGGCAGACUUGAGCUAGAAACAAAAUGCAAUAAAAUGAUCAAUAUACCUCAGAGGCACUUGUGCUUCCUAUAGAAUAUACUAAUUAGGUGUGUGUCUGAUGAGCAAGAAAACUUCGUGUUGAUACGUAAUAUACGUCGUUAUCAUUGUCAUUGUAACAAAAAUGUGCCAAAAGUGAUAGGAUUGCGAAUGGAUGAAGUCGACGUACGUUACUCGGUAAUCCGGAUUUCGUUUGCUCGUUAGACUCGCGUGUGCAGGAAUUAUCAAGUAAUACUUUUGAACUUUCUUUCGAUCUGCCGGCGAUAGGUUUGCAAAAUUUUCAUAAUUUUGACCGUAAUAUUUUUUUAUUUUCAUACAGUAAUAACUUUCGGAUUUUGUUACUUCAGAGGAACAAUUUUCUUGGCAUACGUUUUAGAAUAAUGAGCCAAAUUAUGUAAUUCGUUUAGUGAUGUGUGUCAGAUGGUUGAUGUUACGAUAGCGAUAAUUCACCAACUUGUGCGAUGUGAAAUGCCUUGCAUUUUUCAAACAAAAGUUUUUUUCGCGCUCGACACGUGGACAAUUCGCGAGGCGUUCACCUCUUACUAUUUUUCAUUCACUCGACAUCUUUUCGUCAUUUUCUCUUAAAAUAUCCUGUGACCACUUUCUAUUUCGACGCUACGCUUCUUUGCGAAAUAUUUUGUCUAGUAUCUGUAGGGCUAAGAACUAAUAAAGACUUAUAUUAACAAGAUUGUCCCUAAACGUAAACGGAAUGUAGAUAACAGUCUUGAUUUUCAUCAUUUUAUUCUACAGAAUUGAUAUUCUGUCUAAAUUUAAUACGUGGUCUGUAUCUUAAUUAUAUUUUCAUGUCGUUCUUAAUCGCGAGUUGUGCACGUGCGCUGUUCAGUUAAUUUGGAGUGCCAUCGAGAUUGGGGCAUCAUUAGCAUUAGUCAAACAUAACAUUAGAUUCCCUGGAUAUUUACGAUAAAUUAAUGUGCAAUGAUAAUAUUUGAUUGUAUAUCAUAAUCGAAGUUUGAAAAUCUGGAAAGGGAAGAAAAAUAAAGGCGAUCGGCUACCCACAUUUAGGUAAAGUUCCCGAUUUCGAUAGCUCUAAAUAUUUUGAAUGCAAUUCCUGACACAUUAACAUGUUUAAAUCUAUAUUAAGUUAAAAUAGUUUUCGGUAAUGUAAAGGUUUUAAUAAUAAUGGUCAAUGUUCGGCGUCUGGUUAUGCAAGGAGAGCAUAUUAUGAGAUCGUGUACACGCUUGAUACGUAGAAUAUGUGAAUAAUUCUAAUCUAUUAGGUUAAUAGGACUGUAAAAAAUUUAAUCUACCUCAAAUGCAACUUAUUCUUUUCUAGAAAUUUAAUUGUACUAUGUUAGGUUAGUGAGAAAAUUAGUUUUUUUUCUAUUUGAGAAAUACACGACCAUAGGGCUGGUUGAAUCAGUUAACACCUGUUGUCUUAAUUUAAUGUAUAAGUGUGUGAAGCAUAUCGAAAUCUUUAUUGAUAUACAAGUUAAAUAUGUAUGAUUAUUAUUAAUUUUGCUUUUUAUUUUAUUGUGCUCUAUAAGAGUGGCCUUUGAUUUCAAUGUGGAAUAGUUUUCGGAUCGAGCUGAUACAAAGUUUACAAUCGAAAGAUCUGGAAUUUUAAAGUUAAUACAAGAAAAAAAUAAAAAUAAAAAAAAGUUUAUCUAUAAUAAUGUUAGGACCUUUCCUAUCGCACAUUUGGUAUAAGUAAAAGUAAGAAAUUUUCAUAUAUUUUUGUAUAUCGAUGAUUAUACAUAUUUCCUUUAAGCAGAUAUCAGAAAAGAUUUCCGUAAAAAUGUUUUUUAUAAAUACAAUUUAUAUGAAACUGUUAAUGUUUAAGUUUUUUCGACUGUUGUAUGUAUUUGUUGGAAAUAUUUUUGCUAAAUCCUUCCCGAGGUUGUAGACUGAGAACGAGUCGUUAUGUUAGUUCGAAAUGUUUGUAAGGCUGCAGCUUAGGAUGGUGUGGUCAUGCAAUUAAACUUUAUCUGAUAGAGAACGAAUUUUACAACUAUCAAAAGCAUCAUACCUUUAUCUACGUAACUUGUAAUAAAUUAGUCGCUUGUAGUUUUUGUUUUAGUGUUUUUUACAUGUUGACGUUAAUCUUUUGCUUUUUUCUGUUUUAAUUUUGAUCUAACACUAAGCUGCUGCCGCCCAAGACACCGAGCUCAGUCUAUGCCCUUAUACCACUAGUCAUAUACAAUAGCAGAACAUUAUAUUCUCAAAUAGGCAGUUAUACUGAGUGAUAUUUACCUAUCUGACGAUUAACAAUAGUUAUACAGCGAUUGGUGCAAACUUCUAAGUACAAAACUACAUAUAGGAUAUAAAUAACCGCGAUUUCAUCUAAUUAAAAUCUAUGAACGAGAUGAUUGUUACAGGAUAACAAAGUCGGGUAUAAAGUUUAUCAAGCAAGUUGUAUAAAAACGUCUUAUCUACAUUUAGAACAAAGAAAAAUAUUACUAUUUAAUUUGCGUGAUAAGGCUACGAGGUCCUAAUUAGAAUGAAAUCGGCGCUUAUACUUUUUCCUCAUAUUUUAUUAUUGAUACAUAAAUAUACAACGACACAAUGCAAUAUAUUUUUAUAAUGUUUUUUUUAGAUUGUAAAAUAAUUAUUAAAAUAGUUAACAUAUCAAAGACUACCAUGUACGGCCGUUUUUGUUGUCACGUAACUUGAAUAUUUAAUAUUAAAGUUCACCUGUAUUUAUUUAUUUAACAUUUUAUAGUUAACAGAUGUCGAUUGACUAUAAAUAUUCUGUUUUGGCAACACUAUAAGUGUUUACCUUUUUUAUUUUAACGAUUUGGGGAAUAUCUAUGCAUAAUUGUUAACCUUUUUCAUGUAGCCCCAGUUUUUUUAUAGUUUUUAUGUUUAAUGAGUGUAACUCAUUAUAUUUAUAUUUUUGUAAAAACGAAAUUAUGUUGUGGAAUACCAAAUACAUAAUUAUUAUCAUAUUUUUUAUUUUGUGCUUACAUUCUGUAAAGUUUCGAAUAUUUUUUUUUAAUUUGUCUAUGUAAGUUUUGGUUACAGCAACGAAGCUGCUGUGAGUGAUAGAAUAAUAUUGUUUGUAAAUCAUGUUAUAAUUUACGUUGCCUUUAAUAAAACUGCAUUUCGCAAUCAUAUUCGCAGAAAGAUGUUCUUUAUAAUUGUAUGAAUCUUGCUGAUAGUGUAACAAAAUUACUUUCUGUGUACACCAAAUGAGGUGUUAAAGUCGGCACAAUUUGUUUUGUAUAGUAGUAUUCUCUUACUCGUAGCAAAAAAAGAAAAUUUGUAAAAAAAAGAUCCAUAGAUAUACUUACGAUAUACGUAAUUUUGGUACAUACAUAGGGGCCUUAUAAUAAUUAAAAAUUGUAGAUGAGUUAUUGAUUAAAAAUGAAAAUUUAAAUAUUUUUAGAAACGUAUGAUAUUUUAAUAGAAAUGAUCUAUUUUUGUUACGCUUUAUCGAGUAAUACACGUUGAUUGUUUUAAAAACGUAACUUUUCAGUUUGAUAUUUGUGUUGGAAAUCAAGUUUUAGGGAAUGUAUUUACCGGACAGUAAGCAUAGUGCGGUUGCCGUACCUUUUUGACAUUUAUUAUGGACGCCCGGUUAAUGGCACAUUGUUUAUUUGUUUUGGUAUUUUUGUACAUAAAUAUGCGUUUGGGGAAUACAGAAGCUGGUCUUGUAUUUCAUCUUCGAUUCAUAGAGCCCCGAUCAAUUUCCGUAAACCUUGAUUUUGAACACGGCCGUAUAUUGACAGUAUCUACUAACGCAAAAUAUUUCCCUCGCAGGAUAGCCUAAUGAUAAUAAAUUAUAAACAUUGUACCUGGUUUAUAAUAACAUGAUGUAAUGGUCUUCAUUGUAAUAAAUAUUUGGAACAUC